CAUCGCUGCAAUACCCCGGAAGUGAAUAUUGUACGUGUUUACACUCCAACGCAGGAAAAUAAGUUUAGUUUUUAGGAAUAAUUUUGAUUAAAUUGGAAUUUUAGGCAUGAUUAUGAUUUCAUUUUAAGUGUAUAAUGGUGUACCACAGCAGGAAAAGUGUGUCCUGGAAUACCGUUAGUUGGCGGCCAUGAAGUGAUUUAAUGUAUUUGUAAAGUGUGUGCAGGCUGUUGGUGUCAGGUUGUUGCGGUGAAGCACGACUACAAGCCGGGUACUUUGUUUCUGCUCCCCGCCCCCCCUACUACAUGUUCCUUCGAAGGACACGUAGUUGUUUGCUGGGAACCGCACAACAGAGACAGCCGUCAUGGUCAAAUUCAACCGGCGGAUUAAACCAUUGCAGCAGGACAGGGACUGUGGCCGGCCCAUGUGGCGUCGUGUCCGGGUACUGAUGCUAUGUCUCCUCGGUGUGCUGGUGCUCUCGCUGGGGGUCGGGGUCUACCACCUGUCCAACGACUCCAUCGCCCCUGGAAAUGUUCACCGAAUCCUGGGUGCAGAACUGACCAAGGACCGGCUGUUGCACAAACCCAGUAAGUCUUCUCCAGCUCAAAUCCGCCGUUUAGCGUCCCAAGUGGAUGGGACUCGUCUGUGGGAGACUCACCUGAAGCCCAUCCUGAUAGAAAGGCUUCCCGGCACACAAGGCAGCCUGGUUGUACAGCAGCACAUCACCUCCGCCUUGUCUUCCCUGUCUGCCGGCUGGGACGUCCACUUGGACUCCUUCCAAUCGCCGACUCCUCGUGGAAAAGUCACCUUCACUAACAUUGUCGCCACCCUGGACCCUUCAGCUCCACGUCGACUGCUGCUGACUUGCCAUUACGACUCCAAAGCGCUGCCUGCAGACAGGCGCGCCCCGAAGAGGGUUUUUAUUGCGGCGAGUGACUCGGCGGUGCCCUGUGCUAUGAUCCUGGAACUGGCGACCUCUCUGGAUAAUCAGCUUAGGUCCGUCAAACAACAGAAGCUUCCGUUAUCCCUUCAGCUUGUGUUCUUUGAUGGGGAAGAGUCCUUUGAAGAAUGGACCGCCACUGACUCGCUGUACGGCUCCCGUCACAUGGCUGAGCGCAUGGCCCGCACGCCUCACUCUGCAGGCAGCACAGACACCAUGCUGCAAGCUGUGGAUCUCUUUGUGCUGCUAGACCUUCUCGGUGGUCCCGAUCCGCUGAUUGUAAACCACUUCGACAACACGGCACGCUGGUUUGACCGUCUGAUCGCUGCAGAGAGGCGCCUCCAUAGGCAGGGUCUGCUGGCGUCGCACCCUUUGGAGCAGACCUACUUCAGAAAGGACAUCUUCUUUGGAGCAGUUCAGGAUGACCACAUACCGUUCCUCCAUAGAGGCGUUCCCGUGCUCCACGUCAUUGCCACGCCCUUCCCAAAGUUCUGGCAUACGCUGGACGACACGGAGGAGAACAUGCAUCGACCCACCGUGGAGAACCUGACCAAGAUCAUGGCGGUGUUUUUGGCAGAAUACCUUGGCCUGUGAAGCAAAAGCACUCGUGACUUACUUCUUUCGACGUUCUCAUCGGCCUCUAAAGGUACGCUCCGCCCGCACUGGAGGAGAGAAAUGAAGCCUCAAAGGAAGUUUACCAAAGACUAAAUGAGCGUCAAGUACUACCUGAUGGAUUAAUUUAUGGUCUUAAUUUGUUACUGGGACAAACACUUCUUGAGAUGUUUAGACUGUUGUGUUUCUUGCAAAAUGUCAAAAACACUGAAAAACAUACAGAAGAUGUAGGUACAUUUUCCUGCACUUUAACACGCGGAAGAAGCGUAACUGUGAAAGUUCCAGGUUGUUACAUUUAAUUCCCUUUAAUGAUACCUAAUGUGUGUUUACAGUCAACCUGCAGUGCCUAAUAAGUGAGGUUUUGACUGUUUUUUUUUACUGUAAGUUGCCUUUUCGUGGAGAAAGUGUUUGGUCAUCUAUUUAACAGGAGUGUUCCUUACUAAAAAGAGUCUAAAGAUAGAUAGGAGUGUCCCGAUCUGAUAUUGAUAUCGCUCCGAUAUCAGCAAAAAAACAAAUAUCGCAUCUAAAACCUCUGAUAUAAGCUCCGAUACAAGCA